UGAUGCAUCGGCGAACGCGACGACGGGACAAAGGACGCUUUCGUACGCAAGCAGAAGGACGCCAUGUUCAUUUGUCAACGGACGUCAAGGUGUUCCCGUGCGGGAUGAGCGAGCCAACUGUCCACGGACAAGAGUCGGAUGGUCGUUCUGCGGGAGCGGAGGAUACCUCGCGCGUCUCGUCCGAUCCUCGUCCCGUCAUGAAGAGCGCCGUCUCCGAGUCGCGGAAACGCAAACGCGAGGAAUACGAGAUGCAGCUGUUCGGCUUCCAUUCCCGAGCCGUGUACGCGACUUUCAAGAGUAUUGUAAUGAAAAAUAUACAGUCUAAAAGCAGAAGAUUAUGCGAAGCUUUGGAAAAUCAUAAAUCAUAUUCUAAAAACCUAGCCACUCUAAAAAUGAAUGAAGAGCAACUUAUAAAAGCGUACUGUGCAGCUUCCUUACCUCAUUUGAUGAACAUAAAGAAUAUCGUGAACAAAUUCAUUGCUGUACCCAACAGUGUUUUGGCGGAUGAGGAUAAACUGCAAAAAAUACAAUACACAAAAGCAGAAUUUGUAAAUAUGCAUAAAAAACUAAAGGAAUUCCAACAAAGAGCAAAACAAGCAACUGUAUUGAACGCAGCAUUGAAGGAGGAAUUACAGCUCACAGAGCAAUGUUUAAUGCAAGUGGAUAAUAACGACCGACUGACACAAAUCAUUGAAAAUGGCGUUGCCGAAAUCAAAAUGGCGUACCCGAAUGUCAGUAAUAAAAUGCAUCAAUUGAUCAAGGAUUAUAAACAAAUUAGCUCGUGCUUGAAUGAUGGAACUUUUAUAUCGCAAAAAUCGCUCUACAAUACGAUUGAUGAUCUGAAAUGUAUAGAUUACGACAUGGAUACCUUGUGAUUAUAGAGGAGAAAAAAUUAUUUUUGUGAUAUCUUUGGAUCAUCUAUUGCUAACUCUUUACUGUCACUUUUCCUGAAUAUAUAUAAAUAUAUAAAUAAAUGCAUUCUAUUUGAAUGUUAUAUAUCAUGUA